AUCAGCAUUCAGCUGCACAGCCAUAAUAGCUAGCUCUCUCACACACAUAAACACACACGAAAGGACGUAACAGGGCAAAGGAGAGUAAGGCCAUGGCCCUAGACAACUACCACUCCUACUACGUCGACGACCACUUCGUGCUGCCUCCUCCUCCUCCUCCUCAGCUGGAUUGGGAUUGGGAUCAGCUACAGCUGCACACACUUGGAGGAGGAGGAGGAGACGCCGCCCAAGAUGGCAUUCAUGGCGCCUUUCUUCCGGCCAUGCUAGGUUUGGAGUCGCCGGAGUCGUCGUCGUCGGAGGCGUCCAGUGGCUACCUGCAAGACGCCGUCGCGCACUGGAGCGACCGUUGCAAUAAGCGGCAGAGGAUGGCGGAGGCGGCGGCGCCGCCUCGACGGCCAGCGGCGGCGGCGGCGAACGAGGACCUGCACUGCCUUCUUCAGAGCUUCUGGGAUUCCAGCAGCAGCGGCGGCGAGGGGGGUCUCAUGCAUGAAUUGAAUAUCAUGAUCCCGGAGAGCGGCAGUUUUGUCUCAGGAGAUGAGGACGACGCAUCGGGUUGGGAGCAGGAGCAGAGGGGCCCGAUCAGCGCAGCAGCAGCAGCAGCAACAUCAGCAGUGCAGGUGCCAGCGGCGCAGGGAGGAGGAGGAGGAGAGGCAGCUGAUCCCAUCCUCCACAACCACAACUCCUCGCCCGCCACCUCUCGCACCACCACCGGGCAAGGCGCUGCGCAGCAACUGCAGCUGCAAAAGGCAACUAGUGCAGCAGGCGCGGGCCACGCAGCGGCAGCGGCAGGGCGGCCAGGGCGCCGCGGCAAUUACUCCUGCGAGGAGCACGUCAUCGUGGGCAAACAGCAGCAGCAGCCAUCGCCGUCCUCUCGUGCCGCCUCCGCGUCGUCGCCUCGUCGCUCCUCGUCGCUGACAGGGAAGGAGAAGAGGGACACGGGCGUGCUGUACCCGUUUGCAGUUGUCAAGCCGCUGGGGUUAGAAGGCGGCGGCGCGGCGACGCUGAACGACGUCAACCAGAGGAUCCUGAAGCGGCCAGCCAGGCCGGUCCGGCACCCAGUCGGCCAGUUCGCGUGCAGCCCUGCUGUGUACGCUCAUGGACUAGGCCUGUCCGGCAAAGCAGUUGUUAGCCUCACAAGGAUCAGGACGGCAGGAAAGGGCACCAUAACCAUCAUCAGAACGAGAGGGUGAAGUGAAGGAACCAAUUAUAUGGAGAACUGAACGGACAAAUGUCUUGGUCAGGAAGUUAGGAUAAUAAUGGGGGAGUUAGUUUACCCACCCUUGUAAAUACAUAGCCACAUCCUGUGGGUGAGGAGGGUUCAAAUUCACCAGGAUGCAUCAAGGUAUGGUACAUAUGGAAGACUGCAUUGUAUCGUUACCUUGUCGGGGCCUCAGUACUGUAUUCAAUUCAACCCUCUUAUCAUGCCAAGCAUAAACCAAGAUGUAUAUUGGCACA